UAAACUUUCGCUUCACCUCAGUUUUCGGAAGUCUCGCGUGGUUUGCGCGCGACCGGAUUUUCCCUUCCAUGGGUCACGUGGUGCGGAUGAACAACGGUCGACGCCACUGCUGCCACUGCAUCUAUAGUUGUUUCAAUUGGACCUAUCCACGUGUGACGAAAUAGACAUGCUGAAUAUCGAGAAAGUCAUUGUGGGCACCAGCAACGUGAGGAAGGCCGCCGGAAACGAGAGGAAGGCCGCCGGAAACGAGAGGAAGGCCGCCGGCAACGAGAGGAAGGCCGCCGGCAACGAGUCCCACGAGUCCCUGGACACGCCGGAUUGUGACACAUCGGUGGACUGUGAUAGUCUCUACUGUUCCCGGUGUCUCAUCACCUUCACUACCUUCAAGACCAAAACAAACCACAUAAGAAGGGUUCACCGGGACCUGUACAGCAAGCUGCUGAUGAAGGACAAUACCGUCUUCGGCUGUUACAAGUGUGACAGGUGUUUUGCUUCACCCGAGGAGCUCAGCGUGCACCACGCCACCCACAGAGUCGAUGAGGUCCCCAUCUGCUCGUCCUGCAAAACGGUGUUUCCCAGCUUCACUGAGCUGCACAAACACAAGCGCGGCUGCCAUGAAGGAGGGUGGCACUGUCACGACUGCGGCUCCAUGGUCCAGUGCGCCAGCCUCGUGGAGUUUCAUGCGCAUUGCAUCGCCAUGCACGACAAGGAUGUGACAGACGCCGGCGUGCACCGCUGCACGAUAUGCCUUCACGGGUUUCACACGCCGGAUGCCCUCCUGAGCCACCAAGAGAGGGUCACCAAAGCGGACGCCAGGCCCGCCAGGAAACGUGGCCCGGAAGCAAACACUCGUGAGGACAGCAGGAAGGCCAAGAAAACAGAAGAACGCAAAGCUCCAGCACCGGAGCUGAAGAUCCCUUGUUCCGAAGACGAUUGCGACCUGGUAUUCCCGUCUGUGGAUGCCCUGAGGGUGCACAAAAAGAGCCAACAUAGUCCAUCUCUAGCCUCUCAAAAGCCUUGCAAAAAGCGCUGAUGCUGUAAGACAACACCUACGUUUGUAUUUGUACACUCAUUCCAGGGGUCACUAAUGGACCCUACAUCCUCGCCUCUCUGGGGUCCACCUGCUCCUGCCGAAAAACAUAAUAUCCACUGUUGACACAUGGUUCGCCCCUGCCCGUCCCGACCCGUCUGAUCAACAUUUGCAAUAAAAGUGAUUGUUGUAAUUACUGGAUUAAAUAGCCAUUGUUCAUGUGCCACACAAUCCAGGUUUAAGCCCUAAAUACGCCUCACACACUUAGCAAUGCAUUUCAUGUAUGAACGCUGUGUUCAAGGAUUGCACAAUAACGCGGGAAAUUGAUGAAACACAUGAUCAGCAAAGGAUAACAAUGUAACAGUGCUGCAUGUAUUCUGUCGUAGAUCUGACCUUAGUUGUCUGUGAAAAAACGGCCUACUUUUGGAGUACAAAAAAGUGCAAAUUUGUGUUUUCAUGAAUGUGCUGGGAUCCACUCUAAAGGUAUUUUUAAAACGUGGUGUUCUUGUGUACCGCCAGCGGUACUCCUACCACACUUUGAGAAUAUGUAGAUUUCUAUUAUUGGACUAUUCUCUUCAAAAUAAACAACAUUGUGCAAUUAACAACACGUGUGUGCAUACAUGUGUGUGUCUGUUGCGGGGAAUUAAAAGUUUUAUUUCCUUUGGAUAUUUACUCCAACAGUCAGGUUGUUUUCAUGCCACAGAAACAUCAGCAGGUCAAAGAAAAAUUUCAUGGAACCGCUUUAUGGACUUCCAUCCAUUUUCCAAUAGGGUUGCACGGGUAUGCUGGAGCCUAUCCCAGUUGAAAUUGUAGAAUAUUUCAUUUACAAAUCUAAUAUUUGACUGAUAUCUACAAUACUGUACAUUCAUAUUCAAUAAGAUCUUCCUGUGCCUUCUCGGUACUUGAAUGGUGCAAACAAAACCACGUGAUUUGCCUUCAUAUG